UUGUGUUAUUUACCGGUUUUACGUAAUACAGCAAUGAACUUCGCCGGCAAAGUGGUUCUUAUUACCGGGGCAAGCAGCGGAAUCGGAGCUGCCACGGCCGUGAAAUUAUCCAAACUGGGCGCCUCCCUUGCCCUGACCGGUCGCAAACUAGAAAAUCUGAAUGAUAUUGCAGCAAAAUGCUCAUCCAGUGGAAGUUCGGCACCAUUCGUAGUGUCCGGCGAUAUCAGUAAAGAGGCCGAUACGGAAAAAAUUCUCAAGGCCACCAUCGAAAAGUUCGGCAGACUCGAUGUGUUGGUAAAUAAUGCGGGAAUUAUUGAAACCGGUACGAUCGAAACGACCAGCCUAGAACAGUUCGAUAGAGUGAUGAACACCAACAUCCGAGCGAUCUAUCAUUUGACUAUGCUGGCGGUGCCACAUCUGAUCAAAUCCCAGGGCAACGUAGUCAACGUGUCCAGUGUCAACGGAAUCCGUUCGUUCCCGGGAGUUUUGGCGUACAACAUAUCUAAAAUGGCCGUUGAUCAGUUUACGCGUUGCGUCGCUCUAGAGUUGGCUGCCAAAAACGUUCGAGUCAAUUGCGUCAACCCGGGGGUGACGGUAACGAAUCUGCACAAACGCGGCGGAAUGGACGAGGAAACGUACGGGAAAUUUUUGGAGCACUCCAAAACUACUCAUGCCAUGGGACGGCCAGGGCAGGCUACGGAAGUGGCCGACGCAAUCGUAUUUCUGGCGAGUGAAUCGGCAUCGUUUAUCACCGGAGCGAGUCUGCCGGUCGACGGCGGACGGCAUGCCAUGUGCCCGAGAUAAGGAAAAACAAACAACGAUGAUGCGAAAUUGGCGAAUUUUGGAGUUUGAAUGAUAUUGAUUUUCUACUUGCAUUUACAUUGCAUUUUGUUAUUAUUAGAGCAUAUGUGCGUGAAUAAUUUGUCAAUUACAGUACGCAUUGAUGCAAUAAGCUAAUAAAUGUUUGAAUUU